AUGGACCGCAGCGGGCCUCGCCCGCCGUACGAGCUCGCGACCCCGCUCGUCUCGUCGCGCACCCUCUCAUCAGCUCGAGGCCAAGCACCUUCAACCACCGGCUCGUCCCGCCUCCCGUUGCGCCGAGACUACGCGGCACCCACCCCGGCCACCGUCGGCCGCACCUCGACCCUCCUGCGCCGACCCUCGAGCGGCGACCUGAGCAGCUCGUACGGCCUCGUGCCUUCGACCACCUCGCGGCUCCCCACUCGCCGUCCGUCCAUCUCGGGCGGCUCCGUCCUCGACACGCCGGGAUCAGCUCGUCCAGAGUCGCGCGUGUCGGGCGUCAAACGUCGCACGAGCGCGGCAGAUCUACAGCAAGAAUCCGAGACGGCGUCGCUCAAGCGCCAACUCGCACGCGCGCUCGCCCAGGCCGAGGAGUUCAAGCACGCCUCGUCGCGCACCGCCCUGGAAGCCUCGACCGCCGCCGACAAGGCGGCCGCCCAGCUCGCCGAGUACGCCGCGCGCGUCGAUCAGCUCGAGCGCCACCGCGCCGUCCUCCUCGCCAAGGAGCGCGAGGCGGCCGAGCGCGCCCAGGCGCGCGAGUCGGGCGAGGGCGACGACAAGACCCGGCUCGAGGGCGAGGUGCGCGCGCUCCGCGCCGAGGUCGGCCAGCUCAAGGACGACAACGCCGACCUGCAAGAAGCCUUUACCGACCUCGAGCACGCCGCGACCCAGGCCGUCGCAAAGGCCAACGACCGCCAGAAGCGCGCCGAGCUCCUCGAGGCCGAGAUGCUCCGCCUCCGCACCGAGGCCGACCAGUACCUCGAGGAGGCGUCGAGCGAGAAGAAGCGGCGCGUAGCCGUCGAGGCCGAGCUCGAGCGCGAGCGGUCGCGGGCCAAGGAGUCGGACGACUCGCACGUCAUCCGCGAGGAGCUGCAUCGGCAAGUGACGACGUUGCGCACGCUCGAGAAAGAGAACGGCAAGCUGCAGCGGCGCGUCGAGACGUACGAGCGGCAGCACGCCAACGUCGAGCUCCUCAAGGAGACGAACCGCGCGCUCGAGAAGAAGGUCAAGGCGGCCGAGGCGCUGCGGGCGCUCCUGUCGCAGCACGAGGUCGAGCUCGAGGUGCUCAGGCGCGAGAAGGCCGACUGGGCCGCGUUCGUCAAGCCCGACGACACCGACACGUUCUCGUCGCCGCGCAAGAUCACCAAGUCGCUUGCGACGGUCCGCAUCGAGAACGCGACCUUGCGCGACCGGCUCAACUCGCACGCGCUCGAGGUCGAGCGCCGCGACCGCAUCGUCGGCGCGCUCGAGGGGCGCGCAGCCGAGCUCGAGGCCGCACUCGACGAGGCGCGGCGCGAGCUCGAGCGGGUCAAGGAGCGCGCGAGGACCGACUCGGCGCAGGGCGGGCUCUUGCGGCAGGAGGUCGCCAUGCUCAAGCGGCACCUCGAGAGCUACACGACCGAGGAGGCGAUCCAGCACGCGGGCAACUACGACGCGCAGAAGACGGCCCGCAUCGCCGAGCUCGAGGACCUCCUCGAUGCGCACAAGUGCGAGGUGACGACGUUGACCGGGCAGAUCGCGCACUGGCGAGGGCUCGUCGAGCGGUACGGCGGCAACACGACCGAGAUCGUCCAGCUCGAGGCGCACGAGGAGGCGGCGCACUCGGCGGCGCAGGACAAGGGGCAGGUGGGCGAGAGCCUGCAGGAGCAGCUGAGGCUCAACGAGGCGCUGCAGCAAGAGCUCGACGAGGCGCGCAAUGAGCUCGCCGUCAUGGAGCAGGAGAUCGACGCGCUGUCGGUCCAGGUCGAGCAGCUCGAGGAGAACCAGGGCAUUCGCGGCGCGUACAACCCGACGACGCACAAGGUCCUCGAGUUCCGCGACUCGCCCGACCGCGUCGAGCACGCCAUCCGCGCCGCGACGCUCGAGCGCCUCGAGGCCGAGAACCGCGCGCUCCUCGUUCGGCUCGGCGACCUCGAGCGGGGCGCAGCGGGAGGAGGUCCGAGCGGGCAGCAGCUCGUCCCGCGCGAGUCGCUCGUGACGGCGCAGGCCCAGAUCGACAAGCUCAAGGGCGACAUCCAGCAGAAGGACACGCUCCUCAAGCGCAUCUCGCAGGCCGUUACCGAGAAGACCGAGGCGAUGCGGCUCGCCGUCCAGAAGCUCCUCGGGUACCAGCUCGCCUUCCUCGAUUCGGGCCGGAUCCGCGUCACGUCCGUGUACGCGCCGUUCAAGGACCGCUCGCUCGCGUUCGACCCGUGGCCCGGCGGGCCCAUGCCGUUCCGCCUCGUGUCGGCGCACAACGACCCCGUCAUGGCCAUCGAGGAGGUGCGCCGGAGCAUCGGCUUCUGGCUCGACGGCAGAAGCAGCUUGCCCGGCUUCAUGGCGAGCCUGACGAUGACGCUGUGGGAGGAGUCGACUCGAGGUCAAGCAGGCGGCGUCGUCUUUGGAUAGUCUCUCUCUCUCUCCGUGUGUGCAAAGAGAUGUGUCUUCCGUGCUGU